AUGGCUAUCUUCACGCUGACCAGCAUCACCGUCACCCUCCUCAGUCUGUACAUUACGAGGCGAGUUUAUUGGGAAGUAACUGUUGGCUCGCGGCUUCGCAACUUCGCAAAGCAACAUGGCUGCCUCCCGGCGAAAAUGCGUCAAACGCCAUUCACUUUCGGCGCGGCCUUCUGGUGGGGCCAGAUCAAAGCCAUCCAAGAGCAUCGUCUCCUCCCCUUCUGGGACCAGAGUUUCAAAGAAGUCGACGCACAUACGCGCCGGCACUACGUCCUAGGUACCGACUUCUUCGCUACAGAUGAUCCGGAAAACGUCAAGGCAAUCCUGGCAACUAACUUCAGCGCUUGGGGUCUCGGUCAGGACCGCAUCAGUGAGAUGUCGAGCUACCUCGGAUACGGAAUCUUUGUCAACGAGGGUGCUGCGUGGAAGCACUCGCGCGAGAUUCUGAGGCCUUGUUUUGAGAAGAGUUUGGUUGCGGAUGUGGAGCUGCUGGAGCGGCAUGUACAGCGACUUCUCGAGCUGGUGCCAAAGGACGGGACAAUGGUGGAUUUGCAGCCUUUGUUGCAUGAUCUAAGCAUGGACAUCGCAACUGAGCUACUGUUUGGGAGAAGUACAGAUGCUUUGGGCCGGAAGGACGGUGAUGAUGAGGUCAGAGAGUUCUGUGACGCGUUUGACUACGCUUCCAACCCUUUCGAGCGAGCGGCAUUUAAAAAAUGGGGUUUUAUCACGCUGUUCUUACCGGAUAGAUUCAACUCGGCGAAGAAGAAGCAUGUCAAAGUUAUGCAAGAUUUUGUCGAUCGCAUAAUCGCUGCCCACAUAUCCGAUUCCAAAACCUCCGACAAGGAAAAGCACCGCUACAAUUUCAUAUCCGCCCUCCUCGAGUCCACCUCUAAUCACGCCACCAUUCGCAGUGAGCUCCUCAACAUCCUCUUGGCGGGUCGUGACACCGUCGCCGCACUACUCAGCAACAUCCUCUGGGAGCUCCCGCGCCACCCAUCGAUAUUGUCCACUCUGCGUGCCGAAAUUGCUGCCACUGCGGGCACCAAUCCGCCUUCCUACGACGAUCUCAAGGCAAUGAAGUACCUUCGCGCCAUCACAAACGAGGCCCAGCGCCUCUACCCUAUUGUGCCCAUGAACGGCCGCGAGGCGCGCGUCGACACGGUGCUGCCGCGCGGUGGGGGCGCUGACGGAGCCAGCCCUGUAAUGGUGCCCAAGGGCAGCCAAGUUGGCUGGAUCUCGUACAGCAUGCAGCGACGCAGCGACUUGUUUGGAGACGAUGCAGAUACGUUUCGGCCGGAGCGGUGGCUAGAGCCUGGGUUCCGGCCUGGGUGGGCAUUUGUGCCCUUUUCGGGAGGGCCGAGGGUGUGUAUCGGGCAAAAUUUUGCUUUGACGGAGACAAUGUAUGUGGUUGCGAGGAUAGUGCAGGGGUUCGAAUUGCUGCGCAGGGAUGAUGAGGAGUGGAGGGAGAAAAUUAAUAUUACAUGUACAGGGCUAGGUGGGUGUAAGGUUGGGCUAACGCCGAGAGUGGAGUGA